CAACAUUGGUGCAUCCUAUAAGAGAGAAAUAUAGAUUGUAGCUUUUAUCAGGACGGAGACAUGGGCUCUGAAAACGGCGGCGUUCCACCUCUCCAUGUUUUCAUGGUGUCCUUCCCGGGGCAAGGCCACGUGAACCCUCUACUCCGUCUCGGCAAGCGUCUCGCCGGCAAGGGCUUAUUGGUCACGUUCUCGGCGCCGGAACACGUGGGCGUGGAGAUGAGAAAAGCCAACUCCAAAAUCAGCGAAGAACCCACUCCCUACGGCGACGGGUUCAUCAGGUUCGAGUUCUUCGACGACGAGUUCGACCCGCGUGGCCCGCACGGCACCGACCUCGACUUCCAGCUCGACCAAAUGGAGCGCGUCGGGUCGGUUAAGCUGUCGGGCAUCCUCGACAAACACGAAAAACAGGGGCGCCCCGUUUCGUGUCUGAUCAACAAUCCGUUUAUCCCGUGGGUUUCGGAUGUCGCCGAGAAACACGGGAUUCCCAGUGCGGUGCUUUGGGUGCAGUCGUGCGCGAGCUUUUCCGCGUAUUAUCAUUUCCAGAAUAAAUUGGUUCCUUUUCCGACCGAAACAGAGCCGUUUCUCGACGUUCAGUUGCCCUGCAUGCCGUUAUUGAAAUACGAUGAAUUCCCGAGCUUUUUACACCCUUCUUCGCAGUAUAAAUUCCUCGCCCGGGCCAUUCUUCACCAGUUCGCGAAUUUGUCCAAACCGUUUCGCGUAUUAAUGGAAACGUUUCAAGAAUUGGAGCCCGAAGUUAUUGAUUACAUGUCCAAACUCUGCCCCAUCAAGCCCGUCGGUCCCCUGUUUUUGACCCCCGGCGGCGCCUCCGGCGCCGCCGAUGUUCGCGGAGACUUUGUGAAAGUCGACAAUUGCACCGAGUGGCUCGACUCCAAGGCGGAAUCUUCGGUGGUUUACAUUUCCUUCGGGAGCAUUGUGAUUUUGAAGCAGGAACAGGUGGACGAGAUCGCCCACGGGUUGAUGAACUCCGGGCUGAGUUUCUUAUGGGUUAGGAAGCCGCCGCCGCCGGCGUUCGCGCCGACGGUUUUGCCGGACGGGUUCCUGGAGAAAGUUGGGGAUAACGGGAAAGUAGUGCAAUGGUGCUCGCAAGAACAGGUGUUGGCCCAUCCAUCGGUGGCCUGUUUCGUGACUCACUGUGGGUGGAAUUCGUCGAUGGAAGCCAUCACUAGUGGCGUCCCGGUGGUAGCUUUUCCAGGCUGGGGCGAUCAGGUCACCGACGCUAAAUACCUGGUCGACGUUUUCAAGAUUGGCGUUCGCCUCUCCCGAGGCGACGCCGAGGACAGGAUCAUUACCCGUGACGAGGUGGAGAAGUGCUUGAUCGAGGUAACCCGUGGCGAAAAGGCGGCGGAGAUGAAAGAGAAUGCGUUGAAGUGGAAGAAGAAGGCGGAGGAGGCGGUGGCGCCGGGCGGCUCUUCUGACCGGAAUUUGGAAGAAUUCGUCGACGAAAUCAGAAACAAAUGCGGUGGCGGAAAACACUAACACCGGCGCCACGUUGCUGUCCUCGUGCCUUGUUAUUUUCAUUGUCUAAUAUGAUAUUAUUUCUUUCAAAAAAAAAAUGAUACGGAGUAUUAUUAAGUCACUUUCGCAUUUAUGUGUAAUUAUGACUAUAGUUUCAUCUUUUUGUUUUAUUGUCUUUUUCAUGGUCUAGUCAAUAAAUCAAACCUAUGAAUAAGAGAAGAUUAGAAUUUGUGUGGUA